GUGCAUUUGUGUUGUCCGGUGUUUGAAGACGCUUGGAAUUCGCUUUCAAUUUCUUCGUAGGAAAAAUGUCGGGUGAUACCGAUAAAGCAAAAAUCAGUGAUAAUCAGGAUGAAGACAAGAAGAGUGCAGGUGAAGGGCACACGACAGAAGAUGAGUCAUCACAGGAUUCUAAGGGUGAGUCUUUGGCGCAAGACCCAGAGACCCAAGGUAACACCGAUGUAGAUCAACAGAAGGAAGAACCUGAAGGGGACGCAAAGUCAGCGACUGCCAACGGAAAGGAGAAUGAUGCAGGGGGGGAUGACUCCAAAAGUGAAAAAGGUUCCAAAGCUGACGGGGAAGUAAAAAAGGAGGAGAAUGGUGAGACACACGAUGAUGAAGAUGAAAAAGACGGCGCAAAGGAAAAUGAUAAAGGCGCGAAAAAAGUAGCACCUAAAAAGAAACCUAAGAAAGAGGACACAGAGGAGGAGGAUGAAGAGGAGGAUGAGGAGGAGGAAGAGGAGGACGAGGAGGGGGAGGACGGUGAAGAGGAAGACGAGAAGAAGCCCAAAGACAAGGUAAAGAAACCAGCAGCCAAGAAGCCCAAGACCGGCGACGAGGAGGGCGACGACGAGGAGGAGGGCGAGGAGGAGGGGGAGGAGGAGGAGGAAGAGGAGGAGGAGGAGGCGCCCAAACCCAAACCCAAGAAGGAGCCUACAGAGCCGCCGGUUCCUUUACCCGCGGGCAAGGGUAUUCCUCUAGGACAUAUCAGCGCUGUCGAAAUCUCCCUAUCAAGGUUUAAGACUCAGGACCAAAAACUAUUGCAUCAGUACUUAUAUGGACAAUUGUGCUUGGACCGCAACGUGAAACGCAAUAUAAAGAAGUUCAAGGGCUACGAGUGGGCCAUCGGCUCGUCGGAGUACAAGGCCAAGUUGGAGGAGACCACAAAAAUGGAGAACAAACAGCUGCGCACAAUGUGUGAAAUGCUGGACUUGGACAAGAAAGGUGCGCCGAGCGAGUUGGCGGCGCGUCUGGUGGGUUUCCUGCAGCAGCCGGUGGCGAACUCGCCGCACGCGCGCGGCUCUGCGCGCACGCCCGUCUCCACGCCCAACACCGGCGGCCGCCCACGACGCUCCGCCGCAGUUAAGAUGCACAACAGAGGCUACUCAGAUGAAGAAUAUGAGUCGGAACCCGAAACAAAAAUUAAAGGCCCGAAGCCAGACAAAGAUGGAUCAGAAGAUUCUGAUGGUUCGUUCGCCCCGAGCGGUUCAGAGGCGGAUUCAGACUUCGAUCCGGAAGGCGGCGAGGGGGCGAGCGGCGUGGGACGCAAGCGCAAGACGGUCGUGCGCCGGCGGUCAAGCGGCAAGGGCAAGCGGGGCAAGCGAGGCAAGGCCGGCAAACGGGGCAAGGGUGCAGGCAAAGGCCGAAAGAAAGGAAAAUCAGACAGCGAAGAGGAGAGUGACAAGUCGGAGAGCGAGAGCGGCGGCGAGGACGGCUCCGGCAGCGAGGGCGAGGAGUCGGACGAGCCAAAGUCUAAGCGAGGUCGUGCGGUCGCGACGCCAAAGGGGCGCAAGGCCGUGGGCAAGCCCGCUGGCAAGGCCACGCCCGUAAAACGAAAAGCACCCACGCCGCCUGCCAAAAAGAAGGCGGGCGCUAAGGCAGCGGGGCGACCGCCCAAGAAGGGAGGAAAGAAGGCGUCAUCGGAGGAGGAGUCCGGGGAGGGCAGCGAGGACGAGGAGGAGGAGGGCAGCGAGGAGGAGGAGAGCGGGGAGGAGUCCGACACGCCCGCUGACAAGAAAGCCAAGCGGCCGCCUACCGACGAUGAGAUCAAGAAGUACGUUAAACAAAUCCUGGAGGGCGCGAACCUGGAGCAUAUCACGAUGAAGACGGUGUGCAAGCAGGUCUACAACCACUUCCCAGACUUCGACCUCGCGCACAAGAAAGACUUCAUUAAGGCGACAGUCAAAUCUUGUAUUUAAGAUGUUAGGAGUUAAGAGAGGAGUGUAGAUGUCUACGUAGCAUACCUAUAGUUUAUAAACGGACAUAGCUAUAUAUUAUUACAAUAAUAAUAUAUUAUGAAAACUAUUAAAUAUCUGAAAUGGAACAGACAACAGCUUUUAUAUAUAAGCUCAUAUCGUCGUGAGCUGCCGUCGGCCGCAGCCAGCUCCAGCACUCGUAGACUAAUUUCGUGCGCGACGCGUUCGUCGUUUUUAUGUUGUAGGAAUAAUUUCUGUAUAAGUAAGCCGUAGUCCGUAAGGGAGUCGAUUUAGAUUGUGUUCGUCUACUCGUCUGUUGUCGGGACCACGCUCGUAGCCCGAUCGCUUCGUAUGCCUACGGGCAGGACGAUAUCGACUCGUUUAAUCAAACGCGUCACAAAGUGUACACUGCUACUGUUACAUUCGAACGAUCCGUUUCACGUAAAACGAAAAGCUAAAUACUAUGCUAAGGUAUAAGUUUUCAUAUUUGUUGCUCUAGCCUGUCUAGAUUGUGGCGCGUGGGAUUAGACGUAGCGUCGAUAAAUUAAUGUGCAGAUAGAAUAGACGAUAUAGGUUAUGAGAUUCUAUUCUAUUACAUUAUUAUUUUUGUUACAUUUUCUCAUUUCGCCAUCGACUACAGGAUCUUAUAUUAUUCCUAGUUAUUUUUGUUGUGUAAAAACCUUACUUACAAUGUCUUAUGACUUAUGAGUUUGUUAGGUUAUCUCCGGGCUUAUACAUACUUACGUCUGUGUUUUAUGUAUUAUCAGAUUUUAUUGCGCGCUGCUGUUUUAUGUCGUUCCUUGUUGAUAUUGUGACUGAGGUUUUCGCACGCGGUGGAGUGGACAGUGGACUCCUCUAGCCUCUAGGGAGAAGGACGACGCUCGUAAAUUUACUCUCUUACCCUCUACAAAAGUGUAUUGAGAUAUACUAGGAUAUGAAACUAAUUAUUUACUCAAAAUACAAUAAAUUAUUAAUAUAUUUUUGAAAAUUGUAUUUCGGACUAAUUAAAAUAUCAUUUGUCAAUAGAAACGAUGCUUUUUAACAAAUUUUGUGUCUGUAAAAAUGUAAGAGUUGUUAAUUGGUUUUUAAUGGUGUGGAAGUAAUAUUAUUUUUCUAAUAUUAGGCCGUAAUAUAUUAUUUGCUGUCGGAUAUAUGUAGGAAAGGUAUUUAAGGAGCGUUCGAUGUAAGUGUACUUUAAGAUGUGUAAAUACUACACAGGAUCACUGGGGUUCGCGCUUCCCCGACGAUGGGAGGAGCGCGCUCACUCGUGGCCGCAGCGACUAAACUUCGAGCCCCGGCGCGGUUGCGUUUAAAAUUACAACUCCAAUGACCGGGUCGGCAGCUAGAUUUACUCGCUGCAUUCAUCGGAGUUUCGACGCUGCGCUCGCGAAUGUUGUCAUUAUUAUAAUAUUAUAAUCAAUUGUUCAUUCACACAUUGACAUUUUUAACGCUCUAUCGAGAGUUCUAGACGGACACCCAGCUUGUAACGUUAUUUUGUGCAAUAAAGUUUAUAUCACAACAUUAGCACCGACGCUAUCAUGUUGCUUUAGGAGGACGCGAGUCAGGUUUCCUGUCAUUUUUUAUCGAUUUUAAUGACUUGUCCUUUUAAUCAAUUUAUUAUUUAAAAUAUUAUUAUUUUAAUCAUUUUACUUAGGAAACCUGCUCGAACACUAACUUUUAUACUACUAGGACAUAAUAAUUUUCAUUUAAGAAAAGUUUUGUAUGUAUUCCAAAUUAAAAUACAUGUUUCUUUUAAUUUAUUUAAAGCUUGCACAACUAAAACUAUGUGCAUACGAGUCACACUACCAAGGAAGCUCUUCGUAAGGCAAACAACUACGAUUACCUAAUUUUAUUUGUUGCAUUCUCGGGGGACUCCUACUGGUAUAAAGGUGCAGUGUCGCUCCUCGUUCUUAGGUGCUGCCUUUGAGUUGAUCGUUUGUGGCCGAACUGUCGCCUGUACGCAGAUGAGCUAAGUAAUCGUAAGGCUUGGGCGCGCCGCGGUCGUCGAUGCGUUCCUAAGUAGAGACCUACCUGUCUAUAUUCUAUUUCUCUAUUUUCGCAAUGCAUUCGCCGAGGGCCGGUCCGGCUCCGCUCGGUUCAUUUCGUCCUGCAGCGAUCUCGGUGCGUCCAGACCGUAUAUUAUAAGAUAGUUAUUAAUCGACAUUAAAUGUGUACUUGUGAAAUUACAAUAUUUUGGUUGAAGUUUCUUUGUGUAAAUGGCUGAGAUGUAGCUGAGUAGUGACACGGAGUGAUAGAGUGAUUGUUUCCCCUUUUACAAUUGGUAUAUAGAUAAUAAAGCGAAUAAAACUUUG